AUGGCAAGGGUUGAGCAGGUGGGAAAAGCAGCAGGCCAGCAGGCUGGAAGCAUAGGCGUGGAUGCAGACGCGUGUGGCAUGUGGCGGGCGAUUGAGUUUGCAUUUGCAUUGGAACAUGGACACAUGGAUAUGGACACCUACUUUCCCAUGGCGACGGGUCUGCAGGCCAAAGACAGCGCAGGAGCAGGAGCAGAGGCAGAAGCAGAAGCAGGAGCAGGCGAGAGUCAGCACUAUCGAUUGCGCGCCGGCGGACGCAUGAGCGGAUACGGGAUGGCGAAAUUUACACCUAAUACUAACUGGUGGCUGAAGUGGCUCCCGAGGUGCAACAACCAUGUUUCCAUAUGCGACAUGACGAGGACCACGCCGAGAGGAGCAGUGGCAGGUGGGGGGGGGGGGGGUUAA